AUGAAUCGAUCUGAGGCUACUGCACUGCAGCAGUUUAGCCCGUGCGACCUGCAUGAUCUUGUACCCUCAGCUAGCCUUGACAAAGAAACGCCAGAGCUAAUAUUGCCCGUCACAUAUGAGAUCCUCGUACAGGAGUUCCAGAAUUUAUGUAUCAACCGUGGUGACAAGGACCACGAGACCUUCAAAAAGGAACACUUCCCCUCCAUCUCGCAGGUUGAUAUGUUACUUCAUCUCUUUUACGAUCGAUUCAUACCAGCACUGCCCAUUUCACACCACAUCACACGCAAUGUUAAUGAGUUUUGGCUUCUGACCUUGGCUAUGGCCGCCAUUGGUUGCCAGUACACUCGGACGCAAGAAUUCGAAUCUAUGGUGGCCCCUCUUCAUGAAUUCCUCCGUAGAGGGCUGCAAAGAGAGAUGGAUUUAUCUCAAGAUGAUCCCCAAGCUCAAAUUCACUACCUCAAGGCUUUGUUUUUAAGUCAAAUCUCUUACUUUUAUCACGGCGACAUGACCAUGCGAAGGCAGGCUCUAAUCCAUCGUGGUCUGUUGGUCCAACUCGCCGAGACUUUGGGACUGUUUACUGCAGAAACAAGACAGGCUCAUGAUGGGAGUGAUGCGGCAGAAAAUAAUGCACACAGCCAAUGGCAGCAGUGGAUUCUGUUGGAAACAAAACGUCGCCUGGGCUAUUCUAUUUGGAUGCUUGACCUGAUGGUCUUUUACCAUUUCGAUAUCCCACCGCUGAUGUCCCAUCGAGUUCCAGAAGCUGACCUACCGCAUGACGGCUUGUGGACGGCUCCAAAUGAACAUGAAUGGUUGGAGCUUUUUGAGCGAACAAGGCGGAACCCUCCUCUGCCCAACGCGAUCAAGAGUAUUUUCCUGCGGAAGAAAGUAAAGCCAGACCUAGGCGAGUUUGGCCGAAUACUGCUGCUCCAUGGAAUCUAUCAUGAGAUCUUCCAAGUCAAGGCCUAUUUCCAGCGGCCGCUUUCGAAUUGGAUCCCCACUGCCCAACAGGAACCAAGCGUCUCAAAUCUCGCAAGCAGCCCUAGCAGCUCUUCUGAGCUGGUUGGUGCGGACCAGUGGCUCAGCGAGACGGCCACGUUUGCCGCUUGGAGAAAUGCUGCCCUGGAUUGUGUGGAUGAGUUGCAUUGGUGGGCCAACGGAGUGAUAGCCCUGCAGUCUGGAACGGAACAUCCGACGAUUCAUCACUUGCACUUCUCACGCGUCGUGCUCUUGGUUCCCGUCAAGGAAAUUCUCAUCUUGCUGCUGUCUAUCACAAAGGAUGCUGGGGAUAUAUCCCACCAGACUAACCCCGCCAAUGUCUAUAUGGCGGAACAAGAGGUCAUUCGGUGGGCACACCGCGAUGAGUCCAAGGCCCGACUGGCAGCUAUUCACUGUGGAUGCGUCUUCUGGCACCUGCGUCGGUUCUCCAAUAUGGCAUUCUAUGAAACACAAUCAGUGUUCCAUGCGACGUUGACGCUCUGGGCGUACAGCUAUUACAUAUCACAGACAACCAUGCCCAGGCCGGAGGAGCCCGGCCAAAUGAGUGAGGAUGAGGAAGACUGUCAAGGUGCUAGUGCUGCCUCAUUAGAAGAGGAAGACAAUGAUCUGGACAUUGAUGGAAUCGAGAACCCGGGAUUCAUAUGGCUAGACCGCCCGAAUGACGACGAGAUGGUGCAAUACUUUGUCCGGUCUGGACGCCCGGUCAAUAUGAAGGCUUAUAUUUCUGGCGUGGGAGACAUCUACGAGACAAAGAGCCCCGCCAAGAUAUUGAGGCAUGGCCUACGUAUUCUGGAAUCUGUGGCAUUUGCUUGGGGCCGUGAUCGUGAUUAUGUCGAUAUCCUCCAGAAGGCAGAGCGUGUUAUGCUCGGGAGGGGUGCUUGA